CCGAUUCCAUCUCGAGAUUUCUAAUCACCUCCACUUGAUCUGUCCACUCCACCACUCCUCCCGCUUCGUCCACCCGCGCCGUCCGCAAUCACAAUGCUCCCCUCGCCAGCACUCCGCGCCACCGCCGGCCGCAUUCCCCUCAGCCUGAGCCAGGCUAGCGCCCAGCUCAUCCCCCCAAUUCCUCUUUACCGGGCCCUGUUGCGUGCACACCGCGCCCUGCCGCACGACAUGCGUUUCAUGGGAGACGCAUACGUCAAGUCCGAGUUCCGGGCGACACGCAGCACCGACAACCCCGUCCACAUCGUCGCCUUCCUCACGCAGUGGAAGGCGUACCUCGAAGAGAUUCAGAAGGGGCUCACCGACGCGCAGGGCAAGUGGCAGGGGCGCAAGCUCGACGCAGAGGUACUCGACAGCCUCAACACCGAGCAGGUCGGGCAGCUGUAUGAGCUCAUGCACGCCACCAAGGACGUGUGGAAAACUCCAGAGCAGCUCGAGCGCGAGGCCGCAGAGGCAGAAGCGCUGGCCGCCUCCAAGCAGUAAUUUCAUGUAUCAUAGCAUUGCAUCUCAUCUCUAGAUGCAACACGCCAACGGCCCCCGCCAGACUUGAGCGCCUUGGCGACGACGCGUUCGUCCUCCUCGGCGUGAAUCGAGCAGGUCGAGUAUACGAUGC